AUGGAAACUUUUCAGAUUCAAACUUAUUACUCUUCAACAACUUCAAGAAAUGACACGCUGUCAGGGAGGUAUCAACUCGAGGAAAACUUGUGGACUAUUCGAGCGCUUAGAGCCUACGUUUAUUUAAACGCAACAAUCACAGCUGCGUACAUGAUUGCUCUAAUGAUUAUUCUCUUCACAAACGAACUGUACUCGAGGUCAACUUAUUACUCGCUAAUUGAAGGUUUUAACGCUAUAUAUGUAUAUGCAUUGGCACUACCUUUAGUGUUGUGGUACCAUCGUAAAGAUGUGAAACGUCAGAUACGUAUAGCUAUUCGUCGUGACAUCUCCACCAGUGCCAAUCAAGUUUUCAAGGAUCUUCAGUCCCAUUGGGAUUCAUAUACCACCGAACCUAAGACUAAGACCAGCGUUGCAGCUGUUCAAUACAUUGAUCAUAGAUGA